GGGGAAGCAGUGAUGAGAAAAGUUGUGGGCAGAGAAGUGGGGAGAAAAGAGUAGAUUGUAGAGUUGAGGAAAUAUCAGCUUGCCAUUCUCAACACCUCUCUCUGGUGCCCAUUUCUUACCUUCCUUUCUCCUUCCCCUUUGUUUCUCUCCAGGCACCUCCAAGGCAGUGAUGGCUCUCCAGAAGACCCUUUCAUUGCUUCUGCUCUUGCUGCUGACCCUGCUGGGACUGGGGCUGGUGCAGCCCUCCUAUGGCAAGUCCAUGUCUGAUCAAUUCUAUUGGCAACAUGUGGAUUCUAGUGUGACACGUGGUGACGACAGCUACUGCAACGAUAGGAUGCAAAAACAGGGGAUGACUACGGAUUCUUGCAAGCAAUUGAACACCUUCAUCCAUGAAAACAACAGCACCAUUAAUAGCAUCUGCAACAACAGAAGUAUCCCAUGCAAGAAUGGCAGGAAGAACUGCCAUAAAGGUUCACUGAGAGUCACAGACUGCUUGUAUACAGGAGGUUUCCAUCCAAACAACUGCAAAUAUAGUGCCACUGCCAGCACUAGGGAUGUUACCAUUGCCUGUGAGAGAAACCCCCAAAAUGUACUGGUGCCUGUGCACCUUGACGGAUAGAUACUACCCUGCAGGGGUUAUGGGCCUGUGGUUGACCUUUAACUUACUCCUUGAAUAGCAACGAGUAAUGCAUUUGAGCUCUCUCAG